AUUCAAAUCAAAUUUUCACUUAAUCCACAACCCUAGUGGUUGAACUCUCGCGCGCGAUGAAGGUCUGACGCGGGGAGUUUGAUUCGGUGUGCUCCGCGGCCUCCUGUUACGGCGAAGUGGUAGAUUUUCUCUCUCUCUCUCUCCUUAAUUUGGGCGUUUCCGUUAGCCGCGCUUCCACCGCUUUCUUCCUCCCCCACCCCUCAAAUUUUUCCCCUUCCUCCCAAAAAUUCUCCUUGUAAAUAAUGUUUCUGAGAACACCCAUUCCUUCAUAUCAAUCAACUUCAUUGCUUCUUUGUUUUCUUUUGUCUUGUUUCUCGGGGGGUGAUCGAUAGGAGCGGAAGUUUUUGAGCUCUUAAUUGUUGCUGAACCCUAGAUUUUUAGACGAGGUAUUUGUUUUGAAAUAUGGAGAAAUCUGUGAAAGUUGGUUGCUUUGCUUGUAUGAGCCUUCGCCACCGGGAGUCGAGGAGCCGUGUAGGCUUUAAAAUUUCUAAUGCGUCCUCGUCUCGCUCCUCCUUAUCUCGUGUUGUUGAUUGUUUGGAGAAUGAGACAAAUUCAUUGUCUUCUAAAGGAGAUAAUUGCAACUGUACCCAAAGUUUUACCUUUAAGGAACUCGAGAUGGUUACACAGAAUUUCAAGGAGGCAAAUUUUAUAGGAGAAGGCGGUUUUGGGAGAGUUUUCAAGGGCCAACUUGAAAAUGGCCAGGUAGUGGCAAUCAAGCAACUUAAUCGAGAUGGACUACAAGGAAGUAAUGAGUUUCUUGUGGAAGUUCUCAUGUUGAUGAUGCUGCAUCAUCCUAAUCUCGUUGGCUUAAUUGGCUACUGCGCUGAAAAAUCUGAGAGGCUCUUGGUUUAUGAGUACAUGCCGCAUGGAAGCUUGGAAGAUCAUUUAUUUU